AUGGCUACAUCAAUUGAGACGACCGUCCUCACAGGACAGACAGCAAUAUGGAUAAACGAACAACAAACUACCUCACCGUGGGCAUCGUCAGUUUUCAUCUACCACUUUCCAGGUUCUACGUCAACCCAAUGGCUAGCUCCGGUCCAGGUUAGCACGGCUAUCGAGUCGCCCGUCAGUUCUGCCGCCCCCUCCAGUAGCGAUGCUGCCAGCUCCUUGCCCAGCACAAGUCCCUCAACCACAGUCAUCCCGAGCACGAGCACCGAUACCAGUGCCAACUCCAGUACCGACUCCAGUACCAGCUCCAUCUCUAGCAGUCCCAGUCAUUCAUCAACGAGUGUCUCGGCUCCUUCCAGCGGCAAUGGCUCGUCCCGCCACUCCACGGGAGCACUCGCAGGUGCGGCCGUGGGAUGCGCUAUUGGCGGCAUCCUGAUCGGUCUCGUGGCAGCUUGGCUCCUCUUCCGCCGGCGACGUAGAGGGCAAGACGACAUAAAGACUGUUCCCCACGACAAUCCUCGAGCAUUCGCGACCGUUGAGAAACCGUCUCCCACCGUUAGCGACGAUUCGACCCCGUUGAACCAUCUACUCCUCGACGCGACCCCCGACAGAGAGAUUGAGGCCGAACUACAAGCCUUGGGGCAUCUCAUCGAUCAACACGUCGAAAAGUACUAUCAUCUUGACCCGGUCACCGACGUGUCGACCUUGUCAGACCAUCUUGCUCCGCUCGGAGACUUCCCUCAUGGCACAGAAGCCAUCGCAGGAGUAUGCGCAAAGCCGAUGUCUCGCCAAACGGGUCUUCGGCACGUCAUCUCGCAAGUCGUCUUUAAGAGCCUUGACAUUUACUCCCACGGCGCCUUUUCAAUGCUCCCAGCGCCUCUUAGCACUUUUCUGGACUCAAUGCCCUCUCACAACGCGACAGCUCAAUCGGCUGCCUUGUCCGAAUGGCGUCGUCUUUCAGCAUUCCUACUCCAUCCAAGCCCUUAUGAGCGAACGCCUCUGCCCAUUUCCGAAGCUGCUCUCAGUCCUCAGGCCCUGGCUUUGGCGACCCGCCUCAACGCCUUCCUCCACCACUUUGUCGGGACCAGCCACAGCGCGCAGACUGAUCACCUGCAGGCUGUUAUUAUUGAGUGUACCAAGCUCGGCUAUGUAAUCUUGUCACAGCCCCAGGAUUGGCGUUUCGUGUUUGAAAAGGGCAACUCGGUGGUUGUGCGCCCUGGGUUGGACAAGGGGGGAAGACGGGUAGUGGAACCCGAGGUCGGAGUCAUUGGUGCGUAA